GAACUGGGCAUAUGAAAGGGAACUGGAUAACCUGCUCUGGAAGAUUGAUUAUAAAGAUAUUCAAGUGAACGAGUACACCCCCACCACGGCAAGCGGGAAAGCUUCAAGGAGUCUUCAUCCUUUCAUCCGGACUAGCCAAGUUUCUCUCAGUUCCAAUCCUGAGUCUGACUUCAGAUAUUCUACGAUCUAUACCAGGAUCGGUAUAUACAGGGGUCGUAUCUGUGCAAUCAAACGUCUGAGAAAAAAAUGCAUCGAUAUAACGAGAAAAAUGAAGAAAGAAAUGAAAACGAUUCGAGAUCUUCAGUUUGACAACCUUAAUCCUUUCGUCGGAGCAUGCGUGGACCCACCAAAUAUCUGUAUAAUUACUGAGUACUGUUCACGAGGUAGCAUGAAGGAUAUAUUGGAAAAUGAAGAUGUUAAAUUGGACAACAUGUUCAUUGCAUCAUUAAUCGGCGAUAUUGUAAGGGCUAUGAUAUUUCUUCACGACAGUUCUAUCCGUUCCCAUGGAAACCUGAAAUCUUCUAAUUGCUUAGUUGACAGCCGCUGGGUUGUAAAGAUUACAGACUUCGGACUACACGAGCUCAAGAGUGGAUCUGAUCUGGGAGAAGACAGUACAGAUCUGGAGAAGCAGUGUGAAAGAUUUAUGUGGCGAGCCCCGGAAUUGUUGAGAAAUCCUGACUCGCCACCUUGCGGCACGCAGAAAGGAGACGUGUAUUCCUUUGCGAUUAUUCUUUAUGAAGUCUUAGGACGGAAUGGACCUUACGGCAGAAUUGACAUGACGCCGUCAG